GUGGUUGUAUGUAAAUCCGGUCGGGACCGAGCCGGUAGGUGAGGUUGGGGCUGGUGGCUCGUGCCUCGGUGGCGCACAAGAGAGCCGAGAGCGGCCGAGAUCCCCGCGCCGUUGGAGCUGUCCACAGUGUCGUGGUGCUGAACUCCGCGUCCCGCUCUCCGUCCGUUGCUGCUGUUCCUCCGUCGACUUCACACUGGUGAUAUUUUAGGGGAAAGGAUUAACAGAAACCCCUGUGCCUUCUUGGGCGCAAACUUGUCCGAAGGACGCUUUGUUUCUCCUCCUCUCUCUUCACAUCGGAAAUUACUCCGCGCCAGUCGUGGAUCUGAGCGGACCUCCGUCUGGAGAUAAUCGCACUCAUAGUUUGUUGAGAAGUCCACCAAUCCGUGAAUUAUCCCUCUGGAUGUUUUACGUCUGGGCACACAGGAAAAGACCAAUGAAGACAGACAAAUGGUGGUUUGCGGCAAUUUUACUGUUGGCGAUCGGGGUGCUCGGUGCCAAUGGGAGGCCCAGCAAGGAAGGAUUUGGGUCGCCACCCUAUCGACCGGUGAUGAGGUUUCGACACAAGCAGGAUGGGAUUCCUGAGAGCUUGAGGAUAAAGGGUUUUAUGGACCACAAUGGAUAUCCAGGUCCAUGUGAACACAAGUACUGUGGGUUGGGCCAUCACUGCGUUGUCGACCACGACUUUGGCCAAGGAGAGUGUAAGUGCUUGGAUCAUUGUAAACCGCACUACAAGCCAGUAUGCGGUUCAGACAGGAAACUGUACCAGAACCACUGUGAGCUUCACCGGACCUCCUGUCUCAGAGGACACAAAAUUACCAUCGCACACAGUGAGGAGUGCUUCUACAAAGAUGACAACUGCAGAUUGAUUGAUUACCGUCAGAUGAAAACCAAAAUUCUGGAGCUGAAUGACAGAAGAUAUAUGGCUUCUAACAUAUACGGGAGCCACAAGGACAGCAUGGUUGCCAGGAAGCAGCUGGUUGAUAUUAUGUUCAGACGCUUCGAUGUGGAUAACAGUGGCCGCGUAGAUGCCAAGGAGCUGUCGCAGGUGAUUAAACAAGAAGGACUAUCCAAGGACAAGCCGGAGUGCACACUGUUCGACCUGCUGAAGUACAAUGACAUCGAUGAUGAUGAGCACCUGACGAAAGAAGAGUUUUACACAACAUUUGAUGUGUACAUGCUGACUCUUCCACAUGACCAGAAAGUGAGCAUUACCACAGUAACUGUGGGACAGAGUGCUGUGUUGACGUGUGCCAUCAGGGGGGAGCACAGACCUCCCAUACUGUGGAAGAGAAAUAACCAGUAUCUGAACUCCUUGAACCUGGAAGACCUCAAUCAGAUCCCAUCCCAGGACUUUGGGGACGAUGGCUCAUUGUACAUCACCAAGGUGACCACAAGCCAUAUGGGCAACUAUACGUGCCAUGCCGACGGCGUUGAGAAUCUUUUUCAGACCCACGCUCUCCGUGUGAACGUUCCUCCUGUCAUCCGAGUGUACCCAGAGAGCCAAGCUAGGGAGCCGGGCGUGACUGCCAGCCUGCGCUGCCACGCUGAGGGCAUCCCCAGCCCCCAGCUGUCCUGGCUGAAAAAUGGCAUGGACAUCACCACCAAGCUGUCCAAACAGCUCACACUGCAAGCUAAUGGAAGUGAGGUGCACAUCAGCAACGUGCACUUUGAGGACACCGGUGCAUACACCUGCAUUGCCAAAAAUGAAGCCGGUGUGGAUGAGGACAUCUCUUCACUGUUUGUGGAAGACUCUGCUCGCAAAACAUUGGCAAACAUUCUGUGGCGAGAAGAAGGUCUUGGAAUUGGUAACAUGUUCUACGUCUUCUAUGAGGAUGGCAUUAAAGUUAUCCAGCCGGUGGCUUGUGAAAUACAACGUCACAUUAAACCCAGUGAGAAGCUACUGGGCCUGCAGGAGGAAGUGUGCCCCGCCUCAGCAGGAGAGGAGGUCCAGAGGUGUGUGUGGUCAUCAGCGGUCAACAUCAAGGACAAGUUUAUUUAUGUGACACAGCCAACCUUGGAUCGAGUACUCAUAGUUGACAUUCAGUCUCAGAAGGCUGUCCAGGUAGUCAGCACUGACCCUUAUCCAGUGAAGCUCCACUAUGACAAAUCCCAUGACCAUGUGUGGCUCCUCAGCUGGGGGGACAUGGAGAAGAACUUCCCAACUCUGCAGGUGAUCAAUCAGGCCAGUGGAAGAACGUCCCACCACACGGUUCACACCCAGCCGGUCGGCAGGAACUUCGACAGAGUGGACGACUUCUUCAUUCCUGCCUCCAGCCUCAUCAUUAACCAUGUCAGAUUUGGCCUCAUCCUUCAUCGAAAUGAACCUGUCCUCCACAAAAUUGACCUGGAGACGACAUCGUAUGUGAAAAACAUCAGUUUACGUCAGUAUAACUGCAUCCCAAAGUCUAUCGCCUACACCCACCUCGGUGGUUACUACUUUGUCAGCUGUAUGCCUGAUUCCACUGGUGCCGCUCAGCCGCAGCUCAUCUUGGACAGUGUGACAGAUGCUGUGAUUGGCCAAAACAGUGAUGUCACCGGUACCGCCUUUGCAUCUCCAGACGGCCACUACAUGGUCACUGUUGAUGAUGGUGAUGGCCUGAUGAGAAUCCAGUUGAUCUCAGAGCGAGGGGAGAUCCAGGACCCUUUUGACAUCCACACUAACCUGCACAUUUCUGACCUGGCAUUCCAGCGCUCCUUCACCGAGCUCCACCAGUACAACGUGUUCGGCAGCUCCGGCCGUCAAACUGAUGCUCUGUUUGUGGAGCUGAGCACCGGCAAAGUUAAGAUGAUCAAGAGUUUGAAAGAGGCCACCAAAGCAUUUGAGUGGCCAUGGAGCAGUAGGAACAGGGUAAUGGUGGGUAGCGGACUGUUUGGGCAGUACCUCAUGACACCAUCCAGAGAUUCUCUCUUCAUUCUAGAUGGACGGCUCAGCAAGCUUAAUUGUGAGAUCACUGAUGUCCUUAAAGGCAAUGUUGUGGUCUGGGUUGGGGAGUCUUAGGUCCAUCAUCAAGGCCCAGUGAUCUAUUUCCCCCUCAAAGGUACUGUUGCAAUGAAUUUUGUUGCAGAUUUUUGUUAUUUUUCAAGAUAGUGAAUACCACAGAUUCAGAAACCAAACUGAUCAUUUGUAAUUACAUUGGAUGAGGAACUGAAAACCAGUAAACAAAACUGCAAGCGGUCCGCGAGUUUGGUUCCUAAGAUUCUACUUAACACGGAUUUUGAUGCAAGUCGGAACAAAGCCAUUUCUCCAGCUUCCAUACAUAUGCGUGCUACACAUAAAGGUGUGGUAGCCUGACCAAGGAAUUAUACAGACUAGUUCUCUCGUUCAUAGUACAUACAAAUCGACAUAACUGGGAUUUAAAAAAUAAUUGUGCAAAUGUCCGUUCCUUUGUACUGACGGAACAUAACUCGUGGACCACCUGUUAAUACUCGAUGGAUCCAAUGUUUUAAAUCUAGCUUGAAAUUUUUGUUCCCAUGGAGUGGUUCAUCCCAAAGUCUACAUAGAGUUGCUUGCAGCAUGAUUUCUCAAUAAAAUAAACAUGAAUCCAUAAAUAAAAUUUGCAACAUAGUGUUAUUGUACACAAAUGGUUGUAUUUGGUGUGUGGGAAUGCUGUAGAUUAUUUCUGGAUAAAAUUAUGAACAUUUAUUGGCCAAAAAAUAAACAAAAUAAAAAUUUAUACUGUAUAUGUCAGGAGUAACUGUUGGCAUUUACGUAAGCCCAUCCCUAACUUUUCCCUGUGCCUUCCAGGUAAAAAUCCCCUGUUUAACAAUUUAGUGUAAUUAUUCCCGGUGUAACUGUGGAGUACACCUCUUACUUUAACCCUCCAUUCGUGGUUCCUCACAAAUCUAUCUGUCUGUCAAAUUAAGCGAGCCCCAGCAAUGAUUCUGUCCCAUUUGAAGUGGAGACUGAGCGGUUCAUUAUGGUGGCACACUCGGUAAGCUUUGAUCCUAAAUUAUAACCAACAUGGCAAGAUUUAAAUCUUUUUUUUUUUUUUCUAUUUUUGAAAAGUACAAAGCAGAAAAAUGAAAGUUAGUGGUGAUGAUUGUUCAACUGUAUCCGCUUUAUACACACUACAUGUUGUGGUAUUCAAGUAUUCUGAAUGUUCUUUAGCAAAGAGUCAAUGGAGCACUGAUGUGUAAAAAAAAAAAAAAGAAAAGAAAAAAUCUUCACUUUCUUCUCUCUGGACCAAAA